UAAACAUGGCGGCUCGGUAAUAUUUCUUGGGCUCAGCGUAUUUUACUUCAUCUUCCCGCUAGCUAAAGUGAUAGUUAUAGUUAUCGUGAUUUGUGAAUUCUUUUAGUGUUUUUGCAAUCAAUAAGUCAUGUCAACGAGUAAUAAGUCCUUAUUUAAAGUACCUCCGCCACUGAAAGCGAAGACCACUCUCGUUACAAACGACUACGACCUCUCGCAGAGGGUUUUAGGUGUGGGAAUUAAUGGCAAAGUUGUAGAGUGUUUUGAAAAGAAAUCAGGCAAACAAUACGCCUUAAAGGUUCUACAGGACAAUGCGAAGGCUCGGCGUGAGGUGGAACUUCAUUGGAAGGCAUCAGGAUGCCCCUAUGUUGUUGGUAUCAAGGAUGUUUAUGAAAACAAGUAUGCCAGGAAUGACUGCUUACUAGUCAUCAUGGAAUGCAUGACUGGAGGAGAGCUGUUUGAAAGAAUUCAACAGUGAGGUGAUUCUCCAUUUACUGAGAGAGAAGCAGCUGCUAUUGUGCGGCAGGUCACCAUAGCCAUUGCUCAUCUUCACUCACUCAACAUAGCACAUAGAGACCUGAAGCCUGAGAACUUGUUGUAUGCAGAUCGGUCUGCCAAUGCUCUACUAAAGCUGACAGAUUUUGGUUUUGCCAAGGAAACAACAGCUGGCUUGGAUCUUAAAACUCCAUGUUACACUCCUUAUUAUGUUGCACCUGAAGUAUUGGGCCCAGAGAGCUAUGACAUGAUGUGUGAUUUGUGGUCAUUAGGAGUCAUAAUGUAUAUUCUCCUUUGUGGAUUUCCGCCUUUCUACAGUAAUCACGGAGCAGCUAUUUCGCCUGGAAUGCGGAAGAGGAUAAGACAAGGCCAGUAUGACUUUCCUAACCCAGAGUGGAGCAGAGUGUCUACACAAGCUAAAGAGUUAAUAAAAGGCCUUCUAAGGACAGACCCUCAGAACAGGUUUACUGUGGAACAAGUUAUGAACAAUCCCUGGAUUAAGGCUUACACAGAGGUUCCAUCCACACCACUGCACACGGCAGCUGUUUUAAGGGAGGAGGAAGAAAACUGGCAAGAUGUCAAGGAUGAGAUGACAAAUGCCUUAGCCUCCAUGAGAUUUGAGCCUGAUAAGGUGACCAAGCUUAAAGAUGUUAACAAGUCGAGUAACGCAUUAUUAAACCGAAGGAAGAAGUAAUCUUCAACACGUAAGGAUUGUAUAGUUCAUGUAAAAACUAACUAUAUUUAGAAGGAACGGAUGUCUUUUAAUGGUCACUUAUUUUCCUUUUAAAUUGGAGCUAAAAAAUUCCCAAACACCAAACUGAUGACGUUGAGUAACUUGCGGUGUAAUGUCUGUGAUUGGUUGUUGCUAGGCUACUUUUCUUGUUAAUAACCAAUUAGAGAUGACAGAAAACGCAAGCAUGCGACGAGAGGUCAGCGGUUGAUUGAGUGUUCUUUUUCAGAGAGAUGAUGAAGAAAACAUUUGAGAUAUUAUUUCGCUGCUUCUGUUAUAGCAGUUGCUGUGUUCAACUCAACCACUAGCUGUAGUUUAUGAUUACUUUCUAACAAAAACGAACAGAGCAAAUUUUAAAAAAAAAAAACACAAGCUUUUUGUCUGUGAAAACUGGUAUGAACCAGUGGUGAAUUGUAAAACCUUUGCUUUCACUCUUUAUUAAUUCACUCGUUUUCUCUCCUUUAGAAAAAAUUAAAGUGAAAACACUGUUAAUUAGAAUGGCCAACAUUUAUAAAUCACAUCUCAAGUUGAUUAAUUUACUUUGCAAUCCUGGUCGAGAGUCCCUCCCGUGCAUAUUUACUACAUUGCGAAUACAUAUUUAUGUGCUAUUACGUGUUCUAACAAUGGCUACACUGCCUCCCUUCUUAAAGCAAUAAUAUUUUCAGCGACCAUAGAGGAUCAAAUCAACAUUGUCAGGGGGAAGGAGGGAAGGAAAAUGACGUGCUAAAGACGCAUUAUUUUCCCGUUCGUUUGUGUCGUGUCUGUAGACUCUUGACCAUGAUUGUAGUUCAAUGUUUUCCUUAUUACUAUUUCUGUGUGAGGUUGUUGAAGGAAACGAAUAUUUAUGUAUAUUUGGGAAGGGUAGUUUAACUAGUCAAGUAUGUCAUGUUUUGCUUUCCCGGUAUAUUAAUGAAAAACUGGUCCAUGCAGGAAUUUGUCAUGAUUCGACAGAAUCCAAAAUUGAUGUUUUGUUGAUCACCAUGUUUCACGCUUGCACGACAUUUGUGUUAAAAAGUGAUGCUUCACAUAUUGUAAUGCCAUUUUUUGUCCGUAACUUUUCCUGAAUAAAGUUAAAGGAAAAAAUCUGAUGCUUCGAAAGAAAAUUUCAGUGAAGCUUAGUUAACAUUGCUGGUCAUAACGAAGAAUUCGAAUUCUUUAUCUUAGUUUUUGGUGCCCUUUACGCCCUAACACCUGUAGGCUUAUUCUCCUUGUCGUUCUCGACGUAUUUCCUAAGGUGCCGACAAGGAGAAUUUGUUUAACAAUCAAAGGCCAAAGGCUUCUUUGGUUGGCGAUCAACUUCUUUAUUCUCGUGACUGUAAUGUGUGAUAUUGUAAGGAGAAGUUUUAACUUGGAUGGAAAAGUGUCAAAGUAGUGAAUCUCAAUAAAAUUUUAAUGAGAGAUA